AUGUCGAACUUGGAAGGAGCGAGAGCAUAUGAAAGCAUUGUGGAAAAUGUCAUCAAUGAGGUAAGAGAAGACUUUGAAAGCGCCGGUAUCGACGAACAGACGCUGCAAGAUUUGAGAUUGGUAUGGCAGACAAAGCUGUCGGAUAGUCGCGUAGCGAAGUUUAUGUGGGAUCCUGAGGAUGAACACGGAUUAAAUGCUGAGCUGCACAACGCCCAUAUAGCCCCUAAUUUGACAGAUACCCCAGGUAUUGCUAUGCCCAGCAUGUCUUCACCGAGCGACGAAAAAGCAACUGGAUUUAUCCCGCAGCAUCAACAGCAACAGCAGCAAGGUCAUUCACUAAUGACACAGACAAAACACGAUGACCAACCGAAAGAGGAGAUCGAGCUCACCAUGGAGGAUCCAGACGGUCAAAUUGCCGAGCAGCUGAAGUUGCAAGCAAAACAGGCUCGCAAAAGUGCGCUUCUGGAGACAGACGAGAUCAAUUCAGACCUGGACGACUCUGAAGAUGAUUAUUUGAACUCUUCGGGUGAUGAGGAGGGUCAGGACGAUAAUAUAGUACUAUGUUUGUACGAAAAAGUACUUCGGGUGAAGAAUAAGUGGAAGUGUAACUUAAAGGAUGGACUAGCCACCAUAAACCACAAGGACUAUGCAUUUCAAAAAGCUCAGGGCGAAACUGAAUGGUGA